AUGCUCACGUUGAAGGAAGAUAUGGAAGAGAUCAAGAAAAUCAGCCAGGAGCGUCUAGUGAUCGUAGAUUUUUUCGCAACAUGGUGUGGACCGUGUAAAUCCGUCAAGGCGGCCUAUGAACAGCUUGCUGAGGAGGAGACCACGGUCACUUUCGCUAAACUGGAUAUCGACGUGUACGAGGCAAGUUUGGAUGGACUUAACUACAUUUUUUGCUCCCUUUAA